UGAGUCUUAGCGAACAAUUGCCUCUGGUGAAGGGGAGAAAGACGGAUGGCCAUGCUUCCUGCCGCUAGGAAUGAAUGUGUAUGGACGGCCUGAGAAGGAUGUUGAUGGUGAUCAUUAUGAUGACAUCACUGCCAAUCCAUGGAGUUCGGCGGUUCGUCUGGUUGAUUGGAUUCUUGCUGAUCACUCUGCUCGCGCCAGCAUCUGGCGCCGCGCCAUCCACUUACUUCUCCUCCUCCUCCUCCUCCUCCUCCUCCUCCACCUUCCGGUGAGAGGGGACUGGCUAUAAUCCUGCUCUGCACGCACGGCCUGGAAAGAUGUUGAUGGUGAUGAUUAUGAUGACAUCACUGCCUAUCCGUGGAUUUCGUGGGUUGUUCUGGUUCAUUGGCUUCUUGCUGAUCACUCUCCUCCAGCCAGCUUGCGCAGCGCCUGCCACUUAUUACUUCUCCUCCUCCGUCGGGUCGGACUGGCGUACGAUCGACGAAGCCCGACGUCCGGGGACCCCUUGGAAAAGCCUGGACAAAUCGCGGUCCCUCGUUCUUGGUCCUGGUGACCGCCUUGCUCUCUGUGAGGGCGACACCUGGUUCUCCGAGCAGUUGUUCGUCGUGGCUAUGGCCACCUGGAAGGCCCCGGCUAUGGUCACUUCCUAUCGUUGCCACGAUAAUACGUCUGACGACUCCAGGCCACGGCUUUUGGGCUCCAUUCGCAUCUGGGCCAGCAACCUGCACCUGCGUCCUUGGGCGAAGAACCCGAACGUGCUGAUUGCGGAUAUGUCCUCUUUCCUCGAGCCCGACACCAUUCUGCAAUCCCCUGGAAUCUAUGUCGAUAACGAGCUGUUCGUCAAGCCUCGUACUCCGAACCUGGUCAACUUUGACCUCAAGUGGGGUAACGGAGAGGAGGUGCUGUGCGGGAAUGAGGCCGUGCAUGUGGACGACAUUGGGAAGAGGGUGGUGGGGGGGGAGCAGUUCAAGCGCAUGAUGUACCCGACAGGUUUGCUUCAGGGAGCAGAGGCAGUGAUUCGCAAGAAGUUGUAUAGAUGGACCAAGGGGGUGGUAGUGGAACACCGGCAGGACAAGGUGUGGUAUAGAUCCCAGGACGACGUGAGCUCAGACUGCGUCUACUUCCAGAACAAGCUCGAGUUCUUAGACUCUGAGGGGGAAGCGUUCUACGACGUCACUUCUCGGCUCCUCUACCUGUAUCCCCGACCGGGAAAGCCUAUCACAACCAUAGAUCUUGUGCUUCGCAAACACGAUGCUGGCGUCUUGAUUGGACUGGGCACCCGAAACAUAGUCAUCGAGAGGCUCAUUGUGGAGUUCUCGCUGAUUGGCAUUGACGUCGAAGCGACGGAGCAGCAGGACACUCUGGACACUCUGGCGUCCAACAGCAAGUUGAACUCGUCGGUUCAUAAUGUGACCAUACGAAACUGCGUGAUCACGAGGGGCCACACGGGGAUUCGGCACAACGUUCCUAGGGGGGUUAACGUGUUUGAGAGGAAUGUGAUCACAUGGAUGACUUCCGGAGGGAUAGGGGGGUUCAAGAGGCUGGACGCAGAGAGCGGAACCCCAAUCUUCAGAGCAGUUGGCAAUCAGAUCCAUCAGAUCGGAUAUGUGUCUGGUUGGGACCGGGGAAUUGGGAUCUACGCGGGCGAGGUGUACGACAACGUGGUGAGCCACACCGGAUACACUUCCAUCUUCUGUGUGUACUUCUAUGCAUGUAAAGUGGCACGAAAUGUCGUAUGGGACUACAUGUUGCAGCUUGCAGAUGGAGCGGCGAUCUACGCUUCGCUCAGUGCACAUGGCCAUGGCUGGAAACACAUCUGGGACAACGUAAUCGUGGAUGGGUUUGGGAACUGGGACACCUUCAUAAACGAGUGGGCCUACUUGGACCACAAGGUGCACCAGCAGUAUAUUGCUUCUCAAGCCAUUUACUUAGACCAUAACACCACACAGAGGUUCGUCGUAGAUAACAACACUGCGAUCAACGCUAGAGGGGUGGCCUUUAGAAACAACGAGGUUCGGUAUGGGGACUGGACAAGGAACUUCUGUUACACAGACUCGCCCGAUGACUACUGUUUCGACCUAACGAUCUGGAAUGACACCAAGGACAUCUUAGUGAAAGAGAACUGGUUUAUGUCCCGGGAACGGAUGCUCAAGUUCCAGGUGUAUGGCAUCCGAGAGCACGGCCAGAUCGUAACCGAAAGUCCCACCUGGUUCCAGCAGAACAAGCUCUCCGACCGAAACAACACCUAUUGCAGCUCCGCACCCUCAAUGCCGACAGGCUCUAGCGCUUCCACCCUCCUCUUCCUUCUUGCACCUGCCGUCGUAUCCUUCUCUUCCUCGUCGUCAACCUCCUGGGCAGAGGGAAACAUUGUAGGAGGCAAUGGGAAAACGUACUCCUUAGAGAGUUAUAGGAAGAUCACAGAGGACGCCACAGAGGUUUGCAGUCCCAGUCUGAGGGAAGACAUGAGGUUGAGGCUCGUGCACGCGCUUGCGUACGUGGAUGGGCGUAAACGAGAAUGGGCAGCUCUAGAGAAGCAACUGGACGAGGUAAUGUCCAAAGGGAAACCUCCCGCUUCUUUCGAAAAGACCAAGCCCGCGUUGGCGGAGGCCCCAGAACAAGUCCUUAGGAAAGCGGAUUUGACUGUACCUUCACCACCCCCUCCAUCGUCGGCAAAGGAUGACAAAGAGGAGAAGAAGACUUCGGAUACCAAGGCAAUACUUACUGGAGUCUUGGUCGGGGUCUUCGUGUCCAUUGCGGGCAUUGUGGGGAUACUAGUUUGGUAUGCUUACUUCUCCUCGGAGGCACGCGGAGGUAACGCUGGAGCCAGCGGACUUGGCCAUGUGCCGAGGCGAGCCUCGAGAGAUUAUUCCCAGGAUAGACACCGGUCGGACAGCUCCCGGACUGACCAGGGCAAACCCAGGAGGAGUAGGGAACAUGAGUUCGAGAAGGAUGUCGAGGAAGAGAAAGAGACAGUGGCGAUGCAGGAGGAGAUUGCACAAGCUCAAGAGUCAGAGGAGGGAACUAAUAUACGGCCUGGCGGUGGCAUUGGCACAGGAGGAGGAGGAGGAGGAGGAGGAGGAGGAGGAGGAGGAGGAGGAGGAGGAGGAGGACAAAAAUGAAGGACGGACGUAUGUUUCUCUUGACGUAUGACUCCUUAUGGCUCCCUGAUUUUUAAACCACCACCAGCACUUCUUUACCUAGUAUCUUUUUGAAGAUAAUUGAAGUUGAAGUUCAUGGAACUGCUUUUCCUGGCGAGCGGUUCAGUGUUUGCCCCGAUGGAUGGGCUGGGAUGGCUGGUCAUUACCCCUGACGGACACGUAUAGCGCCACUUCGGUGUGGAGGGGGUCCAAAGUGAUGGCAGUUAGGGAAAUUCUGAUACCGGGGAACAUUUCACGAUCAUGCAUGGAUGAGAUUUAUGAAAAGUUGACCACAGUAUUAUUCUGUAGCAGGGACCGUUGACAGGCAAAGUAAAUAUGCAGUCCUGGA